AUGAGAUGGGCCGACGGCCACGCCCACGCAGGGACAGUAUCGCCCAAGGAGCUGCGGCGUAACCCGUCACCGGUACUAUUCGCAAACGCCACCCCACUGGCCUUUAACAUUCCAGUCUACCAAAGUGCCUCGUCGGAGCCCUUGCUAUGUUUCCCUGCGCAUGACGAAUCUACAGCGGCUUUUUCGAAGCGACGGAAACAAGAGGGAACCUCGUCUCCUGAGCCCCUAGAACCACCUAUUAAGAUCGAUAAGCGCGCUAGCAGAAACUCAUCGGCCAGCAUUAGAUCAUCCGGGCAGGGUGAGCCUACGCCACCUCGCGAGGAAAAUAGCCCAGGCCUAUCCGAUGGCUCCGACUCCGAUGCGAGCUAUGAUGGCGACUCCCCGAGGGCCUGCUCUAGCUCAGCAUCUGCGACAUUAGAAAUGCGACGUCUCACCCCUUCUUGCGACCCUCUUGGACAGAAGCUGUCAGCCAAGGACGAGUUUCUUGUGCGCCACAAGUUGCAGGGCAUGACAUAUCGCCAGAUCCGCGUCAAAGGCGGCUUCACGGAGGCCGAGUCGACGCUUCGGGGGCGAUUCCGUACCCUAACGAAGAACAAAGAGGCCCGAGUAAGAAAACCGGCGUGGACAGAAGCUGAUGUCAAACUCCUCAACAAGGCUGUUCGGAGAUACAGCAAGGGAAAAGAUCCUGUCGCGGCCAGGAUCCCUUGGAAGCUAGUAGCUGAGUAUAUUGUUAGCCAUGGGGGCUCAUAUCACUUUGGAAAUGCGACCUGUCGAAAGAAGUGGGAUGAAAUCUCGUUUGAGACAGUGGACGUUGAGGAUGGGUAG